GUGACCAGUCGAACGAAUUUGAUCUCACAACUCUUUAUCCAGCAAUUAAUAAUUUGGAAACGUUAAAUUAUAAUUUCGUGAAAAAAUGCCUUUCGUCCAAAUUUUACUAAUUGCUACCUUAUCCAAUUUCCUAAUCGGUACGAUUGUCGCUACAACUCAGGCCGGAGUCAAACUGGACAGCUAUAAGGUCGACACCUCAACAAUUACCAUCUCAGGAUUGUCCAGCGGUGCGAUAAUGGCGAUGCAGUACCACGUGGCCUUCUCCGAGCAGAUUCGUGGGGCUGGAAUCCUUGCUGGAGUCCCCUAUGCCUGCACACGCGACGGGGCAUAUGCCAUUGUUCCAUGUCUCGACUUUCCGGAGGAAACUGACAUCCCAGCCAUCCUGGAUUUCAUUUCGCAACAAGCAACCAUCAAUAACAUCGAUCAUCCCUCCAACAUAAGCGGGGACACGGUCUUCAUCUUUCAUGGACUGUUGGACCACAGAAUCAAACCUCACAACGCUGUACUUGUCAAAGAUAUUUACGCACAUUUCAACGCCAGUAUCAAGACUGAACUAACAUUAGAAGCUGCCCACGGUUUUCCAACAAAUGACUACGGCGGGGCAUGUGACCAGUAUUCUCCGGAAACCCAGUUUAUCAAUAACUGUUCAUAUCAUUCAGUCUUUGAAACUUUGAACCACCUGUACAACCAGACUUUGCAAUAUCCAACCGGCUCCGAACUUCUCACACCACUGAUUUCCUACGACCAAGUCGAAUUUGGUAGUGUUGCAGCAAUGAUGGACUCAAUUGGAUAUGUUUAUGUCCCAACGGUUUGCGGCUUAGAAAGUGAGGACAAGCAGCCUUGUAAGUUCCACGUGGUUUUCCACGGUUGCCAGCAGUACCGUGGGAACAUUGGAGAGAUCUAUGUUACAAAAACGGGCUAUUUGGAGGUUGCAGAAAAGAAUGGGAUUGUCCUCAUUUUUCCGCAAGUUAUAAAUUCCACGGAUAACCCGAAUGGUUGCUGGGACUGGUGGGGGUUUAACGAUGAAAAUUUCCUAAUUAAAACUGGUCGACAAAUGAAAGCCGUGAAUGAAAUGGUGCAAAGGGUGGCAUUCUGCGAAGACAAUUGCUCAAUGACUGGAACUAGAACGCAAUUUAGUAUUGUUACAAUCAUAAUCUUAACAUUACUUUCGGCAUCUGUUAUUCUGUUUGUAUGCUAAACUAUGCAUGUGGAAAGUUACAAAUAAAAAUUACAACGUUUAUCACGGAAAAUGAAA